CAAGUGAGGAACUCGCUUCCAGUUAGUUCAAGACUUUCUCACCAUGGCUGCAGAGGGACUGACCGUGAAUAUCAUAGACUUGCCAAACAAAGCGCUGCAUGAAGAUGAGGCCCAGCAGAACGAGGAGGAGGAGGAGAGGGAGACUGCAGAUAGAACCUGGCAAAAGCUGGAGAGGGAGAGAAACGAGGCUGUGGAGAAACUCACCGAGUUCCAGAUGGUGUCUCAGAGAGUCAUCGAGGAAGUCAGCGCCAUUCAGGAGGACCUGGAGAUCGAGAGGAUGUGUAGAGAAAGUGCUGAAGCCCUGGCCUCAAAGUUAAGGCGUCAAAACCGCUCUCUGAAGAGGAAGAGCAUGAUGAUGAUAUCGUACCUCAGCCCGGAAACCAUCAAAGACAUCAGCCUGGAUGAAGAAGAGCAAGCCGACGAUGAGGAGAAGGUUGGGGAGGAAGAGGAGGAACAAGAAUCCGCUGCCACAGUUUGCCUCUCCGCCGACUGCACUACCUUUAUCUCAGAGCUACAAAAUAAGUUGGAACUGACACUUCAGGAGAAAGAUCAAGUCAUCUCUAAUCUUGAAUCCACGAGGCAACAACUACAGACCGCCUGUGAUGAACUGAUGAAAGCGAAACGCAACAACACGGAUUUAAUUGCCGAGCGUCUGCAGCAAAAGAAGCUCCUGGAGCAUUACAGCAGAGUUUCUCAGUUUGCUGUGGAGGAAUACGAAGCUUUGCAGCAUACUCUGGACCUGGAGCAGAACCUGAGGACAGAAGCAGAAAACUUUGCCAGAGACAUGCUGGUCGAACAGACAAAACUGAAGAGGCAGAGUCAGAUCCUCCUGCAGAGCUGCAUGCCCAGCCCAGCUCUGCAGGAUGUGGUCAGUCAGGUGGCCGCUCUGACUGAACAGAUGGAGACCCAGAGGCUGCAGCAUCAGAACCAGAUCAAGCAGAUGGAAGAAAAACUACAGACCUGUGAAACACAAAAGGAGCUAACAGCAUUAAAGCUGAAGCUGGAUCUCCUGGAAGAGGAAAGGGAGGCGUGCCGUAUCCGCUGCUUUAACGCUGAACAACAAGUCAAAGAUCUACAGUUUACAGUUGAGCAACUUCAAAAGAAGCUGAACGCUGCCACCAACCCUCCCCCAGCACCUCCACCUCCACCUCCGCCCUUGCCUCCUGCAGCCCCAGAGUCGACCUCUAACCCUCUCAGCUCAUUGCUGACACUGAUUCGAAAGAGAAGGAACGUCAGCCAUGACAUCCCGUUGGUGGACCAGGACUCAGCCAAGCCUGCAGGAGAUGUCCGGCAUCAGGCUGUGGAGGAAAUGAUGCAGAGAAUUAAAAAAGGAGUUCAACUUCGACCAGUGAAACAGUCACCAAACAGAAGUGAACCAAAGAUGGAGAGGCUGCCCUCUAAUUCUGCCAUUCAAGAACUUAAAGGAAUCAUGGAGAAUUUCAACACAACUCGCCCUCAGCCCAAAACUGUGUCACCAUCACCAGGCCAGGACGAAGAGCUGCAGAGGAUUCUCCUGAGAAGGCGGGACAUCCUGAAGUCCUAACACAACGCCACAAGUCAUUCUCCUCAUCAUGUACAUUAUGAAAUGUUUCUACCGUUAUAAGUUACUGGAUUCAUCCCGAAGUGUAAUGUUUAGGUUUAGGUGAAGAAAGCUUUCACGCAGCCUCAGUGGAUAACAGUCAUGUAGUCAUCUAGUCCCUUUGGUUACGUUCACACUGCAGCCUUAAGUGACCCAAUCCCGAUUUUUUUGUCACACUUUUUUUUCCACGCUUCCAAAUAUACGCGACUUGUACGUGUUGUCCAGUGUGAGCGGUCAACGACCUGAAAGUGUCCUGCAUGCGCAGUAGAGGGCGCAGUGACGUCACACAUAGAGCGCAUGCUCAGUAUUUUGCCAACCGCCGUAAAGAAGAAGAAGAAGUAAACAUGGAUGCUAACGGUGGAGCAUAGCUUACACAUUUGAAGUUGUUGUCCGACCGGAGCCAGAAUAUUAACAACUUAAUGUUACCAUAACUUAACAUGUUAUGAUUCACUAUCAUGUCAACCAUGACAUGAUAGUCUGUCAUGGUUGUUGUUUUUCUUCCCGCUUGCGCGUAUCAGGACGCAGAAUAGUGACGUUUGUCGAGUGUCAGUGACGUUCAGGUCGGAUGAACGCGACCUGGACUUUUGGUCACGUUUGAAUCAGAUACGUAUCGGAUAUCUGGAUCGCAUUCGAAAAGAAUCCGACCUGUGUUGCUCAGGCUGUGAUGAAAAGAUCAGAUACAGGUCGCAUUACGUAAAAUAAAAAUCGGAAUUGGGUCACUUCAGGCUGCAGCCUUUGACUCAACAAACUUAUCGUCUAUUGAUUUGUUCUGAGAGUCUUAGUCCGGUCAAAUGAAAGUUAUAAAUGCAACAUCACUUUUUCGAGGCUUAUUAAACUCUUUUUUUCGAUCAGUCCACUUUUGUUUGCUACGUGUUGAAUAAGGUUGUGAGUUUGUAGCCUUGAGCUUAUUUCAAUGUAAAUUGUUUCGGUUUAGCUGGGGUUGGGCCUGGCAGCCUUUCAGUGGGAUGCUACGGGUCAUAGAGGAUGUCAUUCCCGCUUUUACAAUUGUGUUUUUGGGACGGCAAACACUCAGCCGUGUUUUAUACUUGGUGACUUUUAAAUGUUUAAGUGUGCCAAAAACCAUGCAUCACCCUGAAUCAGUAGCCAAACCAACACAAGUUUACAGCUAUCUCCAACAGAAAGGCCAGUUGGAAAGGCUUGUUAAGCAGCAACUUUGACUGAUAUUAUUGACAUAAAAAUAAUAUCUUGUUUUAUUAAAGUCAGUAGCAUACAA